CUCACCACCUAGUAGAGUCCUCGUCGCUGUGGGACCUUCCUAACACGCUCUUUCGAAGAAGGUGACGUAUGGGAAGCAGAGCGGGCCCUGAGCUGGAACUUUGUUUUCGGUCUCUCGCCCAGAUUUACAGAUUUCGGAGGUGAGGAGGCGUCAAAAAUAGAGAAGAGGAGGAUUUAACACCUCGCAGCAUCAAAAGUAAAAGUGUUAGGGGAUUGUUUUGUGGUUUGGAUUUGGGAAAUGGAGGCGCUGAGGAAACAGGCGAGCAAGCUUAAAGAGCAAGUCGCCAAGCAGCAGCAGGCAGUGAUAAAGCAGUUCGGUGGAACUGGUUAUGAGAGUUCAGAUGUAAUGGUUAUAGAUGAAGCUGAAUUGCAGAGACAUCAACAACUAGAAAAGUUAUAUAGGUCUACUCGUGCUGGGAGGGAUUUUCAAAAAGACAUUAUCCGAGCAGCUGAAGGCUUUGCAGCUAUUGGAUAUAAACACAUUGAAAUAGGGACGAAGUUGUCAGAGGAUUGUUAUAAAUAUGGGGGUGAGAACAAAGCUAGUGAUGAAAUUCUAGCCAAAUCAGCAUCUCUGUAUGGUGGUGCACUUAUAAAUAUCGAGAAAGAGCAUGAAGAUUUUAAUAAGCUUUUGACUUCACAGAUUAUGGAACCAUUAAGAGCAAUGGCUAUUGGUGCUCCCUUGGAAGAUGCUCGAAAUCUUGCUCAACGUUAUAGUCGGAUGAGACAUGAUGCUGAGAGCCUGGCAGCAGAAAUUUCGAGAAGGCAAUUUCGAGUGAGAGAAGCACCCAUUUUGGAGAAUACUACAAAGCUGCAAACAUCCGAAGCUAGAAUGCAUGAACUUAAAGCAAACAUGGCUGUGCUAGGAAAGGAAGCAGCAGCUGCACUAGCUGCUGUUGAAUCACUACAGCAAAGGUUGACUUUUCAGCGCCUACUUGCCAUGGUAGAGGCAGAAAAAUCGUUUCAUUUAAGAGUUGCUGCCGUACUUGAUGAUGCUGAAGCUGAGAUGGUCUCGGAGAAACAACAGAAGGAAUCUGCACCUCCUCUGUCUCACAAACGCUCUGAGAAAGCCUUAUACUUUCUUGCUGAGGCAAUGUAUAACUUUAAUGCUGCUUCUGAGAAGGAACUAAGCUUAGUAGUGGGUGACUAUGUUGUUGUUCGACAGGUCACUGCAUCUGGCUGGUCUGAAGGAGAAUGUAGAGGCAAGGCAGGGUGGUUUCCAUCAGACUAUGUGGAGAAACGUCAAAACAUUCCCCCUAACAAAGUCUUUACCCGAGCAUACUAGUUUUCCUGAGCUGCCGUGACUACCUUCAGUUGGUUGAUUUUGAGAAGCUAAGUUUGGAGCACCACAAAUUUAUCGUCAGUGAUGGGCUAUGGGUGAGACUGGGAGCAUCAUUUUUUUCUGUAACAUAUAUAACAUCUCAAGCACUACAGAGCUGUUUCAUUCCUUGCUGGGAGCCAAAUAUGACAGCCAUGGCACAUUGCUGUAACCUAUUUGUUGUGACUUCCUAAUUUGUCUGUGCCGUUCUUUUCACUGGUGAGCAUUACUGCAUGAGUGGUAGCAAAUUUUGAGGGAUACUGAAAGAAGCUGUGGGGAAAUUUAUGUGGGAGCUUCCAAACAUAACCAAGGUUCCCUAGGCUAAAAUUGUUUAGUCUUUUGCUUGGGCAAUUUUCUUUUUAUUGGAACUAACAUCCAAAUGGGAUCUGUUCAAGUCCCGGGGAAUUACACGGUCGUUAUGUUGAGACUGACAUGUGCUUUGCUUAUAUUCUAAGAUCAUGGUA